AAGUUUUUUGGUAAAAUGGAUGCCUGUUGUAGUAAAGAUACAUAACACAACUCGAUUUGACCACGCUGACACUGGUUGGUAUUUUCAUAAAAAAAAAGAGAUGGAUGACACUGUAAUGGAAAAUUCAACAUGUGAAUCAAAUGAUCAGAAGGAGAUUAUGACAUUUAAAAGGUGUGAACAAAAAACAUAUAAAAAUAGCUCACACAUGGUUGGAGUAUUUGAAGUCCUUCAAUCUUUACGCAAAGAUAAAGUUUUAUGUGAUAUCAGAAUAGAAACGGAUGAUGGUACAAUAAUAUUUGGACAUAAAGUUGUUUUUAUAUCAGUUAGUACUUAUUUCAGUGAGAUUUUCAUUGAUUUUAAUGAAAGCAAUAUAGAUCAUAUUAAUAUAAGAGAAUUAGAUUCAAAUAUUUUACAACUCUUGAUAAAUUAUAUUUAUACUGGCGAAAUCAUAAUCACUAAAGGCUAUGUAAAGGUCUUGUUAGCAGCUGCAAAUCUUUUACAGAUAGACUAUGUAAAAAAUGUUUGUUCUGAAUUCUUACAAAUACAACUAGAUGCUUCAAAUUGUCUUAGUAUCAAAGCAUUUGCUGACUUGUAUGACUGUAUGGAAUUGUCGACUAGUUCUCAAACAUAUAUUAAAAAUCGAUUUUUAGAAGUGGUUAACUAUGAUGAGUUUCUAUCUUUAACUUCUGUAGAAGUAAUUAAACUAAUUUCCUGUAAUGACAUUAUUGUUCCACUAGAAGAAAAAGUAUUUGAAUGUGUAAUUCAUUGGUUAAAACAUGAAUUGGAUAGUAGAAAAAGUUUUUUGCCCGAACUAAUGGAACAUGUUCGUUUGCCAUUAAUCUCAAAACAGUAUUUAUUAGAAAAAGUAGUUGAUGAACCUCUUCUUAAAAGUAGUCCUAAAUGUAAAGAUUAUAUAAACGAAUCAUUGCAAUUUCAUUUACUAAAGUAUCUACAACCCUUCACAGUCUCACAAACAAUUCGGAGUACACCUAGACAGUCUAUUGGUUUUCAAAAAGUUAUUCUAAUGUUAUACUUUUAUCCAAGAAAGUCUAGUGUAACUUACUGGUAUGACAACAUUUGGCAGCCUGCCCCAACAAUGAGCAAAUGGUUUGAAUAUGGUCGCUUAACUGUAAUCAAUGAUCAAUUUGUAUUAGCUAUGGGUAGUGUUUGUCUUGGGUCAAGUUGUGUACGUGUUAAAAUGCUUGAUAUUUCUUCACAAUCACCCAGUUGGAUACCUAUGAUGGACAUGUUAGUUAAUCGCAAAUAUUUUGGAGUAGGUUCAUUAGAUAAUUGUGUAUAUGCCAUUGGUGGUCGUGAUGGAGAUACUAAUAUAUUUAAUAACGCAGAGGUUUUUGACACUAAUACCAAUAAAUGGAAAAUGGUUAUAAGUAAUAUGUCUACUAAGAGGUAUGGUCAUGGUGUUGGAGUACUCAACAACCUCUUGUAUGUUGUAGGAGGUUAUGAUGGUAAUGUAUAUUUAAACACUGUCGAAUGUUAUGAUCCCUGCCUUGAUACAUGGACACCAGUAGCAGCAAUGUCUGAAUGUCGCUUUGAGUGUGGUGUAGGAGUCUUAGAUGGUGUUUUAUAUGUUAUUGGUGGUUAUAAUAAAUCAAAAUGUUUCAAUAGUGUUGAAGCCUAUACACCGAGUUCUGGAGUUUGGACUACUAUUGCUGACAUGCAUUUCUGCAGACGGAGUUUUGGAGUAGUCAUAUUAAAUGGUUUAUUACAUGUUAUUGGAGGAUGUUUCGAUAAAAAUGUUGUGAAUUCUAUUGAGAUUUACAAUCCCAAAACCAAUACCUGGUCAUUAAAAGCAUUGUCAAAAAAUGUUGGUUACAUUUAUGGCGGAGUUGUUGUUAAUAGACCUUCACAUUUUAAAACUUAUGAUGAUUAAUUGUGUACUUACCUAUUAUAUUAUGUUUGUAUUCAUGUAUAUUUUUGACAGUGAAUAAUUUAAUAUUUUAUACAUUUUAGAUUUUCUGUUUGUUUAAUUUUUGAUCAAAAUGUUUCCAUGAAGUUCAAAAUAUAUUCUAUUGUAAAGUCAAAUUAACAAGGAUAAUAAUUUAUUAAAUUUGUUUAGACUAUCUGAAUAUUAACUUUAUAUUGUAUAUGUGGCAACUGAUAAAUGUUGCAGGAUUUCUGUUGUUUGAUAAAUUUUAUUAUACAUAUAUAUUUUUUUGU